AAUGGGAAAUUAAUGUAACCAUGCUGAAAUCAAUGAUAAUGAGUUCAAAUCUGUUUAAAUUGAAGAUGAGUCCGACUCAUUUUUGGUCUACAAAUUUGAUCCCAAAAUUCAUUUUCUUAAUUCCUCUGAUUUAGGAAAGUUUCAAUCUCUUGAUUCACUAAACAGUACAAAAUCACAAUUUCAUGACAGAGUCAAAAAGGUCCCUUUCAAUCUUAAAUUACAUCGUAAAAGAACGUUGCAUUACGAAAGUAUCCAUGAUUCUCAAGCCUAAUCUCCAACAGCCUAAGUCACUGAGUAUUUUGAAUACCCAAACGGUGUUUAUCAAGGUUAAUUAAUGGAUGGUAAGAGGGAGGGACAAGGUUAGUUUUUUUAUCAUGAUGGAUCAUAUUUCAAAGGCACUUGGAAAAACGACAUGGCAAACGGUUAAGGCAAAAUAAAGUUUUAGGAAGGAGAAUAAUAUGAAGGAGAGUUCAAAAACGAUUAACAACAUGGUUUUGGCAAGUACAUAUCAAACUAAUUGAAAUACGAAGGAUAAUGGAAGGAAAAUCUUCCUUCUGGACAUGGAAUUGAGAUUUAUAACAAAUAUUAUUUUUAUGAAGGAGAUUUUUAGAAUGGAAUGAAGCAUGGGAAAGGCAAGAUUUAAUGGUACAAGGAUGACUCAAGGUAUGAGGGCGAGUUUUCUGAGAAUUAAAUAAAUGGAUAAGGCACUUACUAUUUUGGAGAUGGUGAGAUUUAUGAAGGCGAAUUUAAAGAUGGGUACAUGCAUGGAUUUGGAAGAUUUAUGUGGCCAAAUGGUAAUAAAUACGAGGGGAAUUAUAAUAUGGGGAGAAAGCAAGGUUUUGGGAUAUUCACUUCUAAAGACAAAGUGUAUAGUGGAGAAUGGUAUGACGGAGUGUAUCAUGGGUAUGGUAAAUUAGAAAACAAGGAUAAAGUGAUAGAGGGAUAUUGGGAAAAUGGUGUUUUUAUAAAAUGA